AUGAGUUUAAAUUUUAGUGAUGAUGAUAUAUAUGAAAAUAAAGGUGAAGAAAUUCCACAUGAAAAUAAUUUAAAUGAAGAUAUUGGAAAUAAUGAAGUGAAUUUUAACGAAGAAGGUUAUGGAGAUGAAUAUGUGGAUGAGCUUGAAAAAAAUGAACAAAAUGAAAAAAAAAAAAAAAAAACUAUAACUUUUCAAUUAAAAAAUAUAUUCAAUGAAGCCGCACUAAAACAGAUUAAUAACGAUAUUAAUAAAAAAAGAAAAAGUGAAAAAAGAGAUAGUUAUAAUGAUGAUAAUUAUAAUAUGAUGGGUCAGGACGAAUUUGAAGAAAAAUAUAGCGAUGAUGAUGAUGAUGAUGAACUAAAAAAAUAUGUACAAGAUGAAAAAAAUAAAAUUAAACAACUUAUAGAUGAAAAAGAUGAAUUAUGGGAUAUGUAUAUUUAUUUGAAUUUAAAAAAAAAGAAAAGAAAAAUAGACUAUACUGAAGAACGUUACACUAAUGCUAUUAAAAAAGUUUUAGAUUCUUUUUGUAAUGAAUAUAAAAAUUUGAUUAUUGAAGAAUUAUUUAAAAAUAAAAAAUUUGAAAAAUAUUUAAUUGUGCAUGAUAUAGACAUAUUUUUUAAAAAUAAUAAUCUUGAAAAUGUACAUAAAAAUACAACUAUACCAAUAAUUAAUAAAAAAAAUAACUUAUUGAAUAUAAAAAAAAAGCUAGUUGAUAUUUAUAACAAGGGUAACUGUUUUAAUUAUCUAAAAGAAGUUACAGUAGACAAAAUGUCUAAAUUAAAUGAAUCAGAAGAGGAUGAAUUUGAAUUUAAUAAUAAUGAAUCACCAAAUGAUGAUAAAAAUGAAUAUAUGUUUAACGAUAAUAACAAAAUAGGUGAACUUGAUACACAUUUUAUAAUUGAACGUGAAAAAUUAAAUAUGAAAAUAAAUAGAAUCGAAUAUAAAUAUGUUAAACUAAUACAAACUGUUAAACAAUAUAAAAGAAAACAUCUAAGAACGAGUUUUAAUUUAUUUAUGAAUCUAAUAAAUGAAGUAACAUCAAAAUUAUAUUUUUCUAUACAUAAUGUUUUAUUAAUAAAUGAUGAAAAAAAUAAUUUAGCUGAUAUUUAUAAAACAAUUAGAAGAAAAUAUAAUAUACAUGAUGUUUUAAAUAAAAUACAAAAUUUAACACAAAAAAAAGAAGUAUAUGAACAUUAUCGUUCAUAUCUUAUUUAUAAAUAUAAAUCAACACAUCCUAUAUGUAAUAACACUUUUAAAAACCAUAAAAUGGAUGAAAAUAUUAAUAUUUUUAAUUUUAAAAAAGUAUAUAAUACUAAAUUUGUAAAUAAUUUUUCAUUAAUACAAGAUGAAAAUGAUAUAGGACAUGAUGAACAUUUUAACAAAACCGAAAAUUCAAUGUCAGAGAAUAAAACAAAUAUUGAUGUAAAUAAUAAUAUGAACAAGAAUAAAAAAGAUUCGGAAGAAAAUAUAUUUUCUCAGGAUGUUUAUGAAGAGGAUUUUUUUAAUAUAGAUACCCAAAAUAAAGAAAUUGAUAAGACUAAUUAUGUUAAAACAGAUAAUUUGGAAGAUCGUGAAAAAAAUAAUGAAAUUAAUCACAAUGCAAAUAACUUGGUUUCAGGUAAACAAGAUGCACAAAAUAAGUCUGGUAGUACAGAUGCGCCAACGACAAUUGAAGAAACUCCUUUAGAACGUGCUAAAAGAAUAGCUAGGGAAAAAAAAAAAAAAUUAAUGGAGAAUAAAACUAAAAUAAUAUAA